CGCGGCGCUGGCUCUGUCCGUGAGGGCUCCGCGCCCCGGGCUCUGCCAUGGGCCCGCGCGGUUCGCGGGUGCGGCCGCCGGCGCCGCGCUGCCCCGGGGAGGGAGCGCCGGGGGAGCCGCCCCAGCGCCACGGCCGGGCCCGGACCUGGACCUGGGGCUGUGGUUCGGUGCGGCUAAUGCCCCUAAAGACCUUCAGGCCCCACUGAAGUCCCCUUCCGCUGCACAGAAUCCCCGAGUCAUUAUGGUGGGAAGGGAGCUCUGAGAUUACCCAGCCCUCCUGCCAAAGCAGGGCCACCCCGAGCAGCUGACAGGAACGCGUCUAGGUUGAAGUUCAUAGAGAGCUGUCGCUGUACAGCUGAGAGAGAAGAACUUGUCACCUCCCAUUCUUGUUCAUCACCAUAUGGCUACCCCCAUACGGACAGGUACAGGAUUUGGAGACGUCGGGAUGCCGGUGCGUACUGAUGAUGUGAUGGCGCUGCUCAGCCACGUUGCCACGGUGAAGGGCAUGAAAGCUGCUGUCUCCAAUUCUGGCCGGGGAGCCAUGCUGACAGGUGCAUCAGCAUUUGUGGGGGGGAUGCUGGGAGGCCCUCCUGGAAUCGCUGUAGGAGGAGCACUGGGUGUAUUGAUUGGAUGGAUGACUUCUGGACAGUUCAAGUCAGUCCCUCAGGUUUUAAUGGAAUUGCCUGCUGCUGAGAAGCAGAAACUCUGUGCUGAAGCCAUGGCUGUUGUCAAGAACUUAGACUGGACUGAUGCUGCUCAGCUGAUUGCUCUUGUAAUGUCAAAUUCUGCUCUCACAGAAAAGGUACUAGGAGUGCUGACCACUUUCCUUACCAAUGAGUUCAAAGCACAACUAAAAUAUGGAGAAUAAUCCCUUCCAGAGCAGGAUUUUUAUACUGGAAUGCAUUUUACUCCCAUAAUUGUGAAUCUUCAACACAGCAAUUGGUAGUGUUCAGUACUAAUUAUAAAUAUAUGCUGAUCUAA